GACAAGCAUCAACAUCCUGCAGCAGACCUGGCAUCACGUGUGUCCUGAGUCUUGAUCCCUCACACACACCUCUUCAGGAGCGCCUAGGAGCAGCGGGUUAGCACACCCAUCCUUUCUCAUCUGGAACCAUGAGGAAAAGGCUGAUCCAGGUUUUUGGUUUCCUGAUCUCAACGCUGGGAUGGCUUUUUGUGCUUUGUACCAUGGCGAUGGAUUACUGGAGGAUCACCCAGAUAGGUGGCCAGGGAGGCUCCUUCAUUAUCAAGGUGGCCUGGUACUGGUCCAACCUGUGGCAGGACUGCAUCACUCACUCGACAGCAGUCACCAACUGCAGAGACUUCCCUGUGCUGUGGUCUGUCACACGUAAGAACACCGUUCAAACAUCUCAUUUAAGUUUUUGAAAUAUAGAUUACAUUGUAGGAUCUCUGCAAAUUGAUUACAAUCUUGUUGCAAUAUUUCAUACUCAAACAUCACUUUGAAUUCUUGAGAGCAGUUUGUAACUAUUUUCUAAUGGGAAGAGCAACAACAACACAAACUUUGUGCUGAUCGAUGAAAUGUUGACUCAUAUCUACUUCUCCUUUUUUUUUUUUUUGCAGCUAUCAUCCAGGGAGUGAGAGGCCUGCUGAUGUGUGGACUAACCCUUGGGUUUUUUGGUGCAAUAUUUUGCUUUGUUGGCAUGGAGUGCACUUAUAUUGGAGGAGGGGAAAAAAAAAAAAAACAAGGAUACCCUUUUAUUUGCUGGAUCCGUAUUUCACUUUGUCGGUGGUAAGUACUGUCCAUGAUAUGUUUGGUUCUCCAAAUGACAGACAUUGUUUUCCAUCAACAUUUCCUGGUAUGACUGAAACCUCUUCACACAGGUGUGUCAGACUUAGCUGCAUACUGCUUAUACAUCAACAAAGUCGCAAGGAACACUUUCACUCAAUCUUCGCCAGGAAUCCUACGGUAACAUGACUAUUUCAAAGGUCUACAAUGCUGUUUGAAAUUAAAAGUACAAAUUAACAGCUGCAAAUAUUAGUAACUGUACUGAUUUAUGCUUUCUACUCUUGCUAAGGUAUGACUUAGGACCUCCCAUUUUUACUGGAAUAGUUGGAUCUUUUUGCAUCCUCUUAGGGGCCAUUCUCUAUGCUGUGACUGUGUACAAAGUCUUAUUCCCUACAGCAAAGUAAGAACAAGUCAUUUGAUCAGAAUGAUAGACAUUCAUUAUAUCUCUGAACAAUAAGAUCCCAUCAUUCCAGCAUGCCAUCAUUGUGUUUUGCCUUCAUUGAAUAAUGGCAAUGAGAACUAUGUUGUAUUUUGUCUCAUUAUUUCAGAGUGGUGCAUGCCCAUGGUGGUCCUGGAACACGAACAUACAUGGCCUCUCGGUCUGGAGGCAGAACCCUCUACACUGGAUACUACAGACCACCCAGACAGUACAGAUCCUACGGAUCAGGGAGAUCCAGCAGCUCUAAACUCACUAGGAUCUCCCAGAUAACACCUGAGAAACUGUCAGACAGAGAUGCCUUUGUGUAGUGACACUGGCAACAGUACUAGUUCCAGACAAUGCGUUCGUAAAUACCAUUAAGAUGAAGUCUAUUAAGGAAAAUUGUGAACAUUGUUUUUUUUUCCAGCUACAUUAUUUGAUUGUGUCUUUUCAGGUCAAUCUUCAUUUGAUCACUCGGUUGUUGCUGAGAAUUUUCCUGCGCAGAAGGAAAUACUAAUUCUAGUGUAUUCAAGGUUUAAAAAGGCUUCUAAAGUUUGUCAUUUCCACGUUAAAA